GCUUCUGAACCCCAGAAGAAGAAGACAAGUGACGAAAACUUUGAAACAAACCAUGAAAAGUGUUCACAGCUUUCAUUCAGUGAUACAGACAUUGAAACGGCUCUGAAUAGAGCCGAAGAGUUACGGAACCGAUUGAAGUCCAUCGAGAAUGACAUCCAAGAAAAACGGCUAUUCAUCGAUACGACCGUAAUAUCGGCCGCCGCUCGACAUCUCAUUCCCUCACAAAACAAGCAUUUCUUGCGAGAAAUACACGAAAAUCAGCGCCUCUUUGAGGAAGUGUCCCGACAUUUGAUACAAAAUCGAAGUCUUAGCCGAGAGGAAGCGCUGUCUCUGAAGCACAACCCGCGGGUGGAGUCACACAAACUGAUCCGCGUUAAGCGACAGACGUGUCGCUCAAAACAGGCGAUAUCUUGUCCGGGGAAGAGUCGCUUCCGGACGCCCGACGGCAGCUGUAAUAACGUCCGCAACACUCGAUGGGGAAAGUCGUUUGAGUGCAUCGCUAGACUCCUGGACCCGGAAUACGCCGACGGCGUAUCGGUGCCACGAGUGGCACGUUCUGGUCGGCCGCUGCCAAACCCCCGCAUACUGUCCGUAUCGAUUCACGCUCAGGAGGACGUGUCGGCCAACUACACGCAUAUGUUGAUGCAAUUCGGCCAAUUCCUUGACCACGACAUCUCGCUAACACCGGUCACACAACUCCGCUCGGGUGGCAUACAGUGCUGUCCCCGACCCACACAUCCCGACUGUUUUGAGAUACCAAUCCUACCCAACGACGCCUUCUAUAACCGAAUGGGCAAACGGUGUAUAAACUUUGUCCGAUCGGUUCCCUGCGAGUCGUGUACCGCCGGCGCGAGGCUUCAGCUCAACGAACAGCACAAUCGGGUGGCCUCGGCUCUAAAGCAAUUGAACCCCACGUGGGAUAGUGAGCGUGUGUUUCAAGAAUCUAGGCGCAUAAUCGGAGCCCAAAUGCAAAUGAUAACAUACAACGAAUUUUUGCCGAUAGUGUUGGGCCCGAAAGUAAUGCAAUUUUACAAAAUCGGUGUCAACAGCACGGGGUUCACCAAAUACGACCCGGCGGUCAACCCGUCCAUUCUGAGCGAGUUCUCGAGCGCCGCGUUCCGGUUCGGGCACAGUAUAGUGAACGGCCGAUUCACCAUGAUCAGCGCCAGCACACCCUCGCAGAAGUCAUCGUUCAAUUUAAGGGACAACUUUUUUACGCCCACCCGAAUGCAUCAAGGUCAGAUGGACUUUAUCCUACGCGGUCUCGUCGGUCGCAGUGCCCAACGCUUCGACCCCUUCUGUCACGGAGACCUCCGCAACCACUUGUAUCAACCCCGGGGCCAGUUCUCCGGCGCAGACCUGCCCGCCAUGAAUAUACAACGUGGUAGAGAUCACGGCCUACCCGGCUAUGUUCAUUAUCUCAAGUUUUGUUUCAACGAGGUGAUCACCAGGUUUGACCAACUGGACCAAUACAUGCCGUCAUCGCAACGGCAACGGUUCCAACAGAACUACCAACACGUGGAGGACAUCGACCUGUUCUCCGGCGGCAUCUCUGAGCUGCCGAUGAAUGGGGCGAUAGUUGGGCCGACGUUUGCCUGCAUAAUAGGCACUCAGUUUAAUCAUCUGAAAUACGGCGACCGCUUCUACUUUGAACACGAAGGACAGGACGGCUCAUUCACUUCUGGUCAAUUACAGGCCAUCCGAAAGACACUGUUUUCGCGCAUCAUUUGCAUAAACGGCGAUAAUUUUAAGGAAAUUCAUUCAAAAGUGUUUCAAUUAAAUAGCGAUAGGACAUGUCUCACCAUUUGUCUUGUGUUGUCGUCGAUGUGCUGUUUGUCACAAACGUGGGGACUAAGCAAACAAAGCAAACGGACAUUGUUUGUUCCCGACGACGGAUCAGAUAAAAAUUACGGCAACAAUAAGCCCAACAUUAACUACACUUCAGCCCCAUAUGCGGGGCCAAUACCCGUCCACUACCCGAUACCGGCAGCACCGGUACAGGUGAGGCCACCGGUGGCGCCAGCCUAUGGUUCCUAUGGUGUUAAUCCCGGGCUCCAAAACUACAUGCGUGUGAUGUACGGCGCCGUUAACUACAACUACAGGGCGCCUAACUAUCAACGUUACAACACUACUGCCCCUCAAUUCAAUUACGGUAAGGCAUACAAUCAGAGCAAUAACUAUUUGAGUGGCAGCCCUGGCGGAGGCGGCAAUGGUAGUGGUGGACACCAAUACAACCGGACAAACAUACGGUCGCCGUACCAGAACAUACCGGGCACUUACAGUCCCGGCUCCUAUGGUAAGCAACAGUACUUCUCGGGCAAACGAUACACCGCCCAAUCCAUAUACGGCUCAUACCUGUCCACCGGUGCCUAUCUGUACCACUCGGGCGCCUGCGCUCAACACUACAGCCGCGCUCCUGAGAUCAGCCAACAGGACAUGGAGUCCGCUUUCGACUACGCCUACCAUCAGCUCCGGGACUACGACCGCCAGUUCGGCAACUAUUCGCUCUUCACGUCUCAAUCGCCACCUCUAAAGCUGAAGGAAAAAGAGGCCGUUCUUAUGGAAUACGUUACCGAAUAUUUGGCUAAAUUCAAAUGUUUGAGUAAAUACCAGACGACAACAUUCCUGCCAACAGUCAGCGUCGGUCAGCAGUACUUUCGGAACCGUUUGGGUGACACGAGUUGCUACUCGAGCUACGGCGGACAGGGCUGGACACUGCAGUGCCCGGACUUUAACAACAAGUACCGC